GGAAGUUCCCGUGUUCAGUAAACAUGUGUUGACGACAAGUUUAUAUGUUUCUACAAUAAUAUGUCCUUCUAUUUGGAGCAGUCUGCCUUGAAAACAACAAACUGUAUACCCGCCUUCAGCCCCAGGGUGUUAGUGCGAAAUAUGAGUCAAGCGAAGAAAUGGGAGCCGUUAAAGAAGGUCGGCAUCAUCGGCGUGCCUUUCGAGAAAGGACAGAAGAAAUAUGGUGUGAGCGUGGCUCCGGCCGCUCUCCGGUACGCCGGCCUAAUAGAACAACUCUCUGAAAUUGAUGGCCUCGACGUGAAAGAUUAUGGUGACAUCGAGACGCCCGGCAUAGAGGAGGUGACGAUGGAAAACAUGGCGCACUUGGCUCUGGUGUCAGCCUGCAACAAGAAGUUGUCUAAGCGUGUCUCUGAAGUCAUCAAUGAUGGCCGUGUUGCCGUCACUAUAGGGGGUGAUCACUCCAUUGGCGUCGGCACAGUGGAUGGCCACUACCAGGUCAAUAAUGAUAUGAUCCUCAUUUGGGUGGACGCCCAUGCAGAUAUCAACACCAACAAAACGUCAGAUUCGGGUUCAGUACACGGCAUGCCAGUUGCUCUGCUAGUCAAGGAAUUCUCUCAUUAUUGGCCCUACUUACCCACGAUGGACUGGCAAGAACCAUUAUUCUCCAUAAACAGUUUGGGAUACAUUGGUCUGCGGUCCGUUGAUCAUUACGAACGUCUGGCUAUAGAGAAAUACAACGUACCCGCGUUUGCUAUGGAGGAUGUUGAGGAACAUGGAAUCAAGAAGUCAAUUGAACACGUUCUAAAGAGGUUGGACCCUGAAGGCCGCAGACCUAUCCACGUCAGCUUCGACAUCGACUCUUUGGACGCAUUAGAAGCUCCCAGCACUGGCACACCAGUUCGAGGUGGACUGUCCCUUCGGGAAGCUAUCAGUCUAAUGGAAAUAGUGUAUGCGACUGGUCGCCUGAGAGCCGUGGAUCUUGUGGAGAUCAACCCUGCAGUUGGUAACGAGAAUGACCGAAAGCAGACCAUCGAGGCAGGAAUGUGUGUUCUGAAGGCAGCACUUGGAUUUUCGAGGCGAGGCACCGCGCCUCGUGGAGUAUUGGACCUACCAAUUCAGGACUGAAUACUGAAAUCGACUGAUUACUUGUAAGUUUGCUUACGGUGGUGAGCUGUCUAGAGCCAGCAGCAAACAAUAACAUAACCGACAAAAUAAAAACCAUCAUCGGCAAGUAUAUCAGCAACAUACCAGACAUUAACUCACGUUACGUCAUCAACGACGAGUUAUCAAAGGUGAUAAACCACUAUUUUAAGGGAAAGGUCAACCCUUUACCCCUAUACAAGAUUAGUUUGACGUUAGACAGAAACCCGGUGAAAAUUCCAUGGACUAUAGACAACGUUCAGGGGCAAGAAGGCGAAAAUGAAGUUUAUAAAGAGUUGUCCGAAAAGACAGGUAAAAAAGGAAAAAAAAGACAUUACAAAGUGUUGAAAUCAGUAGGCAGCAAGGACCUGCCGAAAUCCAAGAAGACAUCAGAUACGUCAACGGAAUCCCCG